GCGGAGCACCUGGCAGGCCGGCCCCGCCCGGCAACCCGCUAAGACAGCGCCCUACGCUUCUCGGUCCCCUGAGGCUCCCCGGUCUGGCUUCUGCGGUCGUCAUGACGGCAGCCGUGUUCUUCGGUUGCGCCUUCAUCGCCUUCGGGCCGGCGCUCGCUCUCUACGUCUUCACCAUCGCCACCGACCCUUUGCGCGUCAUCUUCCUCAUCGCCGGCGCUUUCUUCUGGUUGGUAUCUCUUCUGCUUUCGUCUGUUUUUUGGUACCUCGUGAGAGUCAUUACUGACAACAGAGAUGGACCCAUACAAAAGUACCUGCUCAUCUUUGGAGUGUUGCUCUCUGUCUGUAUCCAAGAACUGUUCAGGCUUGCAUAUUAUAGACUGUUAAAAAGAGCCAGUGAGGGUUUGAAAAGCAUAAACCCUGAGGAGGAGACAGCACCUUCAAUGCGACUGCUGUCCUAUGUUUCUGGCUUGGGCUUUGGAAUCAUGAGUGGAGUGUUUUCCUUUGUGAACACCCUGUCUAACUCCUUGGGGCCAGGCACAGUGGGCAUUCAUGGUGAUUCUCCUCAGUUCUUCCUUAAUUCAGCUUUCAUGACACUGGUUAUCAUAUUGCUGCAUGUGUUCUGGGGCAUUGUGUUUUUUGAUGGCUGUGAGAAGAAAAAGUGGUACAUACUCCUUACAGUUCUCCUGACUCACCUGCUGGUGUCCACCCAGACCUUCCUCAGUCCUCAUUAUGGAGUAAAUCUGGUAUCAGCAUAUAUAAUAAUGGUACUCAUGGGCAUCUGGGCAUUUUUUGUUGCUGGAGGUAGCUGCCGAAGCCUGAAACUCUGCCUGCUCUGCCAAGAUAAAGACUUUCUUCUUUACAACCAGCGCUCCAGAUAACCUCUGGCAGUCAGCACUCCAAACAGCAGCCUAUGUCUUUAGAGGAAGCACAACUGUGUCCUUUUCUGAAAAGACCCUUUGCUCCUGGCACUUGGAAGCAGCAGAACUGUACAUGUGCUUUCAUGCAGCAGCCUCUGGAAGAGCUGCUGUGUGGCCUGCAACCUGCUGCACAUUUGAGGCAUUCUGGAAACAAAGACUGAUGUUUCUGGACUUCCCCUCCAGAUUUGAUUGUCCUGAGUGUGCAGCAUAGCUGAGAAUCACAGAUCCAGUGGGAAGUUCUGAGAAUCCCCAAAGAGAUUGAGGUUUGGUACUUAAC